AGUCUCGCAAUCACACCGGGCGAGAAUGAGGUCCUUGAUGUCCUCUCUUUGUGACAUCAACUUGUUCUGAAGCAAGAUACCUGGUCAAUCAAUAAUAAAAAUAUCAAAAUGGCAACGACAUCGCCAUACCACAUUGCCAACCUGCUAGACAAGAUGACAUCAAGUGAUAAAGAUUUCAGGUUUAUGGCAACCAAUGAUCUGAUGACUGAACUUCAAAGAGAUUCAAUCAAAUUGGAUGAUGACAGUGAAAGAAAGGUUGUUCAGAUGCUACUGAAACUCCUUGAGGAUAGAAAUGGUGAAGUUCAAAAUCUUGCUGUGAAAUGCUUGGGCCCAUUGGUUUGCAAAGUGAAGGAAUAUCAAGUUGAAGGGAUUGUAGACACGCUCUGUGCCAACAUGGCAGCAGAUAAGGAACAGUUGAGGGAUAUUUCUAGCAUAGGGCUGAAAACAGUGAUAAGUGAACUUCCUCCAGCCUCAACUGGUCUCUCUUCAAGCAUUUGUAAACGCAUUACUGGAAGACUAACUGAAACUAUUUCAAAGAUCGAGGACCAGUCUGUGCAGCUGGAAGCAUUGGAUAUUCUUGCUGAUUUACUGAGUAGAUUUGGAGGUAACUUCCUGUCACCUAUUUUUUCAUCCCUACAUUUAAAACUUAACAUACAUUUAUUGAUGCCUGUUGUACACCAUAGGUACCUUCCCUCACAAAAGUAUUGCACCACCUUGUUCAAAAUGGCAGCACUUAUUGUCAACUUUUCAACCAUACCAAACAUUUGAAUGCAUAAAUUGGGUGAAUUAGGCAUUUUUGUAACAAAUUUUGGCAGGAAUUUCUUUGAAAUCUUGCUGAUGCCAUAGAAAACAAAACUUGAUAUGUAUAAAUUACGUAGAGUGGUUUUCGUUUGUAGAAAUGUAGAACAUGCUUAAAGAAGAAAAAAUGUCAAAUGAGAGACGAGUCACUACAAAAUUUGUCUGUUUCACUUCACGCUGUUUACACUUAGGGCCACUAAAGGACAUAAAACUCAAGGCUUAGCAGGGGUUUUCAGCUCAAAAUCCUCCCAGAAGAUUAGAAUAAAUGUCUUACACAAAUACGAAACAAAAAGUUACCUGGGUAAAAGGAAACCAUUUUAACAACAAUUUAUUUCCAGACAACAAGAAUUCAGGUUUUUCCAUGGCGUCCAUAAUGUCCACAUUUGCACAUCGCUUAAAAUGUUUAUCUUCAUAUAAAACACCAUGAUUGAAAUGGUUAUUGAAAAACAAAAGAAUUGUUGAUUGAAAGAAUUCUUAAGGUUUGGUAUGAAAUUCCACAAUAAUAGAUUGCCCAAUUAUCUGCAACCAAUUCAAGAAGGCUGAAAGCAGUUUCAAAAGUUCGCGCCUCCUGUCAAAUUAUUGAAAAAUUGAAACUGUUGAAAUCUUUAAAGAUGUUUCUUACAUCUAUUUUUGUUAAAGGUGCUUUAAAAAUUUGAAGUUUUGAUUGGUGUUUGUUCCACCCUCUCCCGGGCACCCUUUAAAGACACAACCAAUUUGCACAGAAAUAGCUUUUGAUAAUUCUUGCGCCAUUUCUCCUCCUUCUAGGUGGUGCAAUACUUUUGUGAAGGGACUGUUAUCUUAAUAACAUGGGUAUCUAAGGGCUUUCAGUGGGGGAGGAGGGGUUGCAUGGGAGCAUGCAGGCAUGCAGGUGC